CAGAAUAUGAAAAGGCAAAUACUUCACUCAAUUAGAGGUAAUCUUCAUGUUAUUUGGUUAUUGCAGACAUCGUCGUCUGCAGAAUACUUGUUCAUUACGUCAUCCCACCGCCACACACCUGCGCCACAAGCAGCCGUGGCUGAGGUGACACCUACGAGCGCUCGUCAGGAUUACAGCGAUAGUCGCUCACGUCUCCUUCGCUCCAACAAUCUCUCUUCUUUGAGCCCGCAGAUUGGACCGUUUUGACCUGUUCCGGCUUGUCUGCUUGGAGAUUGAGUGGUCUCUGUGCUUAUAUCUGAUCUUUGAACUUGAUUGCUUCUUGUGUGUGUGUGUGGCUGCGUCUGGUUUAGACACACCGAGGGCUGACGGUUACGAUGAUUCUUUCGACCUCCAUUGUUCGUUUGCGGGAUAAGCUUCCCCUCACCGCAUCUACCGACGAUACGCUGAACCAAAAUGACAUUUCAAAAUACACCGGCGAGCAAAAAGACAUUCUCCGGAAACUGACCGACGCCUCUGAACCGCGCGCGUCAAUCGAAUCCGGGCCCUACACGCACCACUACCUUAUCUCGAACGGCGUCGUCUACAUCACGCUCUGCGAAAAGUCGUAUCCGCGGAAACUGGCAUUCACAUACCUCGACGAGCUCGAUAAGGAGUUUGUCAACUCGUACGGCCAUCGCUUGGAUUCGGAUGAUCUGCGGGCGUUUGCGUUCAUCACGUUUGAAAACUACAUCCAAAAAACAAGACGAGUCUACGAAGACACCCGGACAUCAGUCAACCUCGACAAACUGAACGCCGAGCUGCAAGACGUAACCCGGGUGAUGACGAAAAACAUCGAGGACCUGCUCUACCGCGGCGACUCCCUCGACCGCAUGACCAACCUGUCGUCCUCGCUGCGGGCCGAGUCGUCAAAGUACCGCAAGGCGGCCAAGAAAAUCAACUUUGACGCCAUGAUACGGCAGUACGCGCCGGUCGCGGGCGCGGGCCUGAUCUUUGUGUUUCUGAUAUGGUGGAUGUUUUUGAGAUGAUCAAAAGUGAGACGCAGUCGUGAGCUGCUGUGUGUUUGUCAAAUAAUAUAUAUACAGUUAUAUUUUAAAAAGGAUCCUCAU